GAUGCUCAGAAGAUUCUAUACAAGGAUGUGAUGCUGGAGACCUACAGCAACCUGAUGUUUUUGGGACAAUCCAUUGCCAAACCUGCAGUGAUCUUCAAGUUAGAGCAAGGAGGAGAUCCAUGGACAUUAGAAGAACUUCCCAGCUUGAGCCUCCCAGGAGAGAUGCCCUAUGAGUGUAAACAAUGUAAGAAAACAUUUUCCCAGAAUUCAGACCUCACAUAGGAGUCACAUAGGAGAGAAAUUCUAUGAAAGUAAAAUAUGUGGAAAAAUGUUCUACAAGAAGUCAUACUUCACUGUGCAUCAGACAACUCACACUGGAGAGAAAUCCUAUAAAUGUGGGGAAUGUGGAAAAUCUUUCAGUCCCAAGUCAGUCUUGAGUAGACAUUGGAAAACUCAUACAGGAAAGAAACUCUAUGAAUGUGAACAAUGUCGGAAAAUGUGUUUGCAGAAGUCACAUCUCACUGAGCAUCAGAGAAGUCACACAGAAGAAAAACCCUUUGAAAGUGAACAGUAUGGGAAAACAUUCUCCAGAAAAGAGUCCCUUACUGUACAUAAGAGAACUCACACAAGAGAGAAGCCCUAUGAAUGUGAACAGUGUAGGAAAAUGUUCUCCUGCAAGUCACAUCUUACUGAGCAUCAGAGAAGUCACACAGGAGAAAAACCCUUUGAAUGCAAACAAUGUGGGAAAACAUUCUCCAGCAAGGGGUCCCGCACUGUACAUAAGAGAAGUCACACAGGAGAGAAGUCCUAUGAAUGUGAACAAUGUAAUAAAAUGUUCUCCCAGAAGUAACAGCUCACUGUGCAUAGUAGAACUCAUACAGGAGAGAAGCCCUAUGAAUGUGAACAAUGUAGGAAAAUGUUCUCCCAUAAGUCAUGGCUCACUGUGCAUAGUAGAACACACACAGGAGAAAAACCCUUUGAAUGCGAACAAUGUGGGAAAACAUUUUCCAGCAAGGGGUACCUCACUGCACAUAAGAGAAGUCACACAGGAGAGAAGCCCUAUGAAUGUGAACAAUGUAAGAAAAUGUUCUCCCGGAAGUCAGAUUUCACUAGGCAUUGGAGAACUCAUACAGGAGAGAAGCCCUAUGAAUGUGAACAGUGUAAGAAAAUGUUCUCCCGGAAGUCAGAUUUCACUAGGCAUUGGAGAACUCAUACAGGAGAGAAGCCCUAUGAAUGUGAACAAUGUAAGAAAAUGUUCUCCCGGAAGUCAUAUCUCACUGAACAUCAGAGAAUUCACACAGGAGUGAAGGCCUAUGAAUGUGAACAUUGUAGGAAAAUGUUCACCAGGAGGUCAACUCUCACUAAGCAUCAGAGAACUCACACAGGAGAGAAGCCCUAUGAAUGUGAACAUUGUAGGAAAGUGUUCACCUGGAAGUCUGCACUCACUGUACAUCAGAGAACUCAACACAGGAGAGAAACCCUAUGAUUGUAAAAACUGAAAUACAACUUUUUUCAAAAAGUCACAUCUUACUGUACAUCCAGGUACUCACACUGGAAAGAAACAAUGUAGGCAACAUUUUACUACUGGAAGGCAGGGCUCAUUGUACAUCAGAGGACUAUCAUAGAAGUGCAACUUUAUCGAU